GAAAAAAAAGAAGGAAAAAGGUGGCAGCUGAGUGAUAUUGUGUUCUUUUAGAUGCUCAACCAUUGAACUGCUAGUCUGCUACUCAUUUUGAUGGAGUCCACCACUAAAUCUCUUCACUUUACCCUCUACAAAAUUUACCACUCCAACUCCAUAAACCCUCUUCCCCAAUUCAAUCAUCUUCAUUUCAAAUUCCGUCCCAUCUCUACUUUUCGCCUUCAAGCUUCCAGACGCAUUUCCAAUUUUUCUCAGGGAGGUGAUGAUUUGAUCGGCGAUUCCCGAAAUUGGAGCCGUCAUCGAGGCUCAGGCAACAUAGUGACCGGAGAUCAUGAUGAAGAUGAAGAUGAUGAAGACGAAGAAGAGGAAGAUCGAAGUUUGGAUCUACUCGUUAAAUUUGUACAGAACGUUUUCAAGAAGCUUUCUCGAAAAGCUAGGAAAGCUGUUCGCUCCGUUUUGCCUGAUUCAAUUUCUAGUCAAUUGGUGUCAUUUUCUGUCAACGGAGUUAUAAUUUUGACAUUUUUGUGGCUAUCAAAAGCAGUUCUUGAGGUAUUUUGCACCCUUGGGAGUGUAAUUUUUGCUAGUAUCUUACUUAUUCGAGGAGUAUGGACAGGCAUAUCAUACUUACAAAAUAAUCGCAACCUUAGAACAGAUGAUGAUGAUGGUCGUGCAUGGAGUGGAAUGCAACCUGCAAGUUAACUAACUGUCUGGACAAUGAGAUCCCAUAGUAUUAUUCCUGCUAGACUGGAAAGUAGCUCAUGGAGAUAACAACAAGUUGAGGA